AUGGGUUUGAUCCUGGUCCUGCCCUGCAUAGACGUGUUUGUCAAAGUUGAUCUCCGAACUGUUACUUGCAACAUUCCUCCACAAGAGGAAACUCAAUCAAGACUCAACAAUGAUGUCUGCAUGCCGCUGGUGGGAACAGCAGUCCUUACUUUAGGAUUCACCCCAGCCAUGAGAGAGCUCGGGAUGCUCAGUGACCUAUCGUGGGCCUUUUCUGGCUCCAUGAUCCUCACCAGAGACUCUGCGACUACUCAAGUGGAUGGAGUUGUCUAUUACAGAAUCUAUAGUGCUGUCUCGGCCGUGGCUAAUGUCAACGAUGUCCACCAAGCUACGUUUCUGCUGGCUCAGACCACUCUAAGAAAUGUCUUGGGAACACAGACCUUGUCCCAAAUCUUAGCUGGCAGAGAAGAGAUCGCCCAUAACAUCCAGACGAUACUUGAUGAUGCCACCGAGCUGUGGGGGAUCCGAGUGGCCCGAGUGGAAAUCAAAGAUGUCCGGAUUCCUGUGCAGUUGCAGAGGUCCAUGGCAGCUGAGGCCGAGGCCACCCGGGAAGCAAGGGCCAGGGUAAGGGCUACUCCGUCUACACUGGAGGGCAAGCUGGCUCACCUUGGAGCAGACGAGGAUAGAGCUUGAAUGGAAAAUCAGGCUCCCUUAAUUAUUUUGAUAAGAAAAGUGUUUCUGUUUUACAGUUUUGACUGAGAAUUGCCCCCUGAUU